AUGCCUGGGAAUAGUGCGCCCGAGAAGCAUGUACUGUUAUCCCAGCAUCCUAUUCUUUGUGGCUUGUUUUUGUUUCACCUCAAUAUUCGAAUCCAGUCUGCAGGCCAACAGCUCAUCACUCAGUGGUACGAUGUCCAGCAACUGGCAUUGUUAUACAAUCUUGUGAAAGUUCAAACGCACAAGAACCUGAGCUGGCCUGAUAUGGAGGCUUUCAUCGAGAUUCACGGCGAGUCUCAUAUAUUCAUCGGGUCUCGGCCAAAAAAGGCUGGCGAGUCUUUGAACAGACUUGAAUUGGCCACAGGUCUAUGA